AUGGUGGCUGACUCUUCCUCUUUUAUGCAGCACCCACUGUGCCAUGAUAGUGAGAGCUCUGCCUUGAUUCAGUUCAAGCAAAGCUUUUUGAUUGAUGGGCAUGCCUCUGGUGAUCCUUCUGCUUAUCCAAAACUUGCAAUGUGGAAAUCCCAUGGAGAAGGAGAAGGAAGUGAUUGCUGCUCUUGGGAUGGUGUUGAGUGUGACAGGGAGACUGGCCAUGUGAUCGGCCUUCACCUUGCCAGCAGUUGUCUCUAUGGUUCUAUCAACUCCAGCAACACCCUCUUCAGUCUUGCUCAUCUCCGGAGGCUUGACCUCUCUCAUAAUCAUUUCAAUUACUCUGAGAUCCCAUUUGGUGUUGGUCAACUUUCAAGGCUUAGGAGUCUCGAUCUCUCUUAUGCUAGAUUCUCUGGCCAAAUCCCAUCAGAACUCUUAGCACUGUCCAAAUUGGUUUUCCUUGAUCUCUCGGCAAACCCAAUGUUGCAGCUUCAAAAGCCUAGCUUGAGAAAUCUGGUUCAGAACUUUGCCCACUUAAAGAAACUUCGUCUAAGCCAGCUACCAAGCCUAAAGAUUCUUAGUGUGAGUUACAAUCCAGAUCUGAUUGGUUACUUGCCUGAAUUUCAGGAAACCAGUCCGUUAAAAGAGUUGCAUCUUUAUGGUACGAGUUUUUCUGGAGGAAAUUCCUUGAAUGGGACAGUGGAACUUAACAUGUUACUUAAGCUCAAAAACCUCACCAGUUUCCAAUUAUCAGGCAACAGGUUAUCAUUGCUCGGUUACACCAGAACCAAUGUUACUCUCCCUAAAUUUAAGCUUUUAGGAUUGGAUUCAUGCAACUUAACUGAGUUUCCUGAUUUCCUGCGGAACCAAGAUGAAUUGGUGGUGCUCUCCCUUGCCAAUAAUAAAAUUCAUGGUCUAAUUCCAAAGUGGAUUUGGAACAUAAGCCAAGAAAACCUAGGGUCUCUUGACCUUUCUGGAAACCUUUUAACCGGCUUUGACCAACAUCCAGUUGUGCUUCCAUGGUCCAGGUUAAGCAUUUUAAUGCUUGAUUCUAACAUGUUGCAAGGACCACUUCCAAUUCCACCACCGUCAACCAUUGAAUAUUAUUCAGUCUCCAGAAAUAAACUGAUCGGAGAAAUUUCGCCACUUAUUUGCAACAUGAGUUCUCUUAUGUUACUUGAUUUGUCUAGUAACAAUUUGAGUGGCAGGAUUCCCCAAUGUCUGGCCAACUUGAGCAAAUCUCUGUCCGUACUGGAUCUGGGAAGCAACAGCCUUGAUGGCCCCAUUCCUCAAACAUGCACAGUGACAAACAAUUUGAGGGUGAUUGAUUUAGGUGAAAAUCAAUUCCAAGGCCAAAUACCAAGAUCAUUUGCCAAUUGCAUGAUGCUCGAGCACCUUGUUCUCGGAAACAAUCAAAUCGAUGAUAUUUUCCCUUUUUGGCUUGGAGCCCUUCCACAGCUACAAGUUCUUAUUUUGAGAUCCAACAAAUUCCAUGGUGCAAUAGAGAGCUGGCACUCGAAUUUCAGGUUUCCCAAGUUACGCAUCAUCGAUCUCUCUGACAAUAAGUUUAUAGGUGAUUUACCAUCAGACUAUUUCCAAAAUUGGGAUGCCAUGAAACUUACAGAUAUUGCAAACGAUCUUAGGUACAUGCAGGUGCGCCCAGAGUUUGGAAACCUAGGGUAUACAUGGACUGGCCAUUACUUGUACUCAAUGACAAUGACAAAUAAAGGUAUGCAGAGGUUUUAUGAGAAGAUCCCUGAUAUUUUCAUAGCAAUUGAUUUCUCAGGCAACAAUUUCAAAGGACAAAUUCCAACCUCCACUGGGAACCUCAAGGGGCUUCAUUUGCUGAACCUUGGCGACAACAAUCUUACUGGCCAUAUCCCAUCCUCCUUGGGGAACCUACCACAGUUAGAGUCAUUGGAUCUUUCCCAAAACCAACUCUCAGGAGAGAUCCCUUUGCAACUAUCAAGGAUAACAUUCCUUGCAUUCUUCAAUGUGUCUCAUAAUCAUCUGACGGGGCCUAUACCACAAGGAAAUCAAUUUACAACAUUUCCAAAUGCUUCCUUUGAUGGGAACCCGGGAUUGUGUGGAAGUACUUUGUUAAGGGCAUGUGGAAGUUUUGAGGCAUCACCACCAACAUCUUCAUCCUCUAAACAAGGUUCAACUAGUGAAUUUGAUUGGAAAUUUGUACUAAUGGGAUACGGAAGUGGGCUAGUAAUCGGAGUUUCAAUUGGGUACUGCUUGACCUCAUGGAAACAUGAGUGGUUCGUGAAAACCUUUGGAAAGCAACAAAGAAAAUGGACAAGGAAAGAAAAAAGGGGGAACAAAAGCUAA